UGUUUUAGGUUUUUUCGCGUUUGGAUUCUGUAUCUAUUCCAACUGAAUCCCAACUCGGAGCAUGGCCGGAAACUUUCUUCCGGCCGCCAAACUCACUGCGAGCGGCCGCCCAGUUCUGGACUCCGGCGAAGUGGAGUGUUCUCUCCUUUCCACUGUGGACCUCCACUCUGAAGACCUCUCGGCCUUUCCACUCCUGAAAUCCGGUCUUCUCAUACUCACGACUCACCGUCUACUCUGGCUCUCGUCAGAUUCCAACACUCCCACUGCUGUAUAUAUACCCCUCUCCACAAUUCAGCACAUUUUCUCCACCAAAAAAUCGAUCAAGUCCAUGUUCCACAGCCCAAGAAUCCGAUUCCAGGUUUCGACCACUCCGGAGGGACAUGUCUCGGAAAAGGGACUGAAAUCUUUGGUGAUCACGUUGAUAUUGAGGGGCAAGACGGACAUCGAUUCGUUUUUGGGGAAAUUUUGGGACGCCUGGAGAGGGCGGGCCUGGGAGACGAGUGGGUCCGCUACUGAGUCGGGACUAGGGUCUGGAUCGGGGGAAGGUUCGGAGUCGCUGGCUUUGAAAGUGCCUGUGGUCGGAGUGUCAGGGAUUUUGAGGAAGGAGCAGGAGAUGUGGGAGAGUACUGACAAGAGCUUGCAGGAUGCCUUUCAGGAUUUGAAUGCUCUCAUGAGCAAAGCUAAGGAGAUGGUUGUGCUAGCUGAGAGGAUGAGGUUAAAGCUACUGUCAGGCUCUAAUAAUCAGACUGGUGAAACAAACGAUGAUGACAUGGGUACCAAAGAAGAGAUGCAAGAUUGGUUAUUAAGUGUUGGUAUUGCUUCUCCAGUUACGAAAGAGUCUGCCGGGGCUUUGUAUCACCAGCAGUUAUCUCGUCAGUUGGCAGAUUUUGUCAAGAAACCACUAGAGAGAGCUGGAGGAAUGAUUAAUCUGAUAGAUAUUUAUUGCCUAUUUAAUCGAGCCCGUGGCACAGAAUUGAUCUCACCUGAUGAUUUGCGACAAGCUUGUUCUCUAUGGGAAAAAUUUGACACCCCAGUAAUGCUUCGGAAAUUUGAUAGCGGUGUCAUGGUCAUCCAGAAUAAGACCCACAGUGACGAUGAGGUAUUUUCUAGGAUCAGGUCCUUGGUAUUGAAGCCUGAUGCUACACGAACUGGGAUCAGUGCCAGUGAUGCAGCGAUGACUCUCGGGGUUGCUCCUGCUAUGGCUAAGGAGUAUCUCCUUGCAGCUGAAGGAAAAGGAUUUCUGUGCCGAGAUGUUAGCUCUGAUGGUUUUCGCUUUUACAUCAAUUUGUUUCCUGAAAUCAGUCCAGAUGAUAGAUACUUCGUGAAAGAUCAUGGUAUCUACAGUAUGUGGAUCAGUGCCGUCUCUUUCAGGUAAAGUAUCAGUUUACUUAUUGGUAGUUAAGGUUGGCUUUUUUCACUGACUGUAAAGAGGUUGGCAAGAGCAUUUUCUGGACAAUGACAGUGGAUUUUAUGGAAAACAAGCUUCCCUCGGGUUGUCAAAUUUACUCGGAAGCAUGCAAGAUACCAGAGCUUUUCUUUUUCUUAUAAUGGAAUGGGGGUGGGCAAAUUUUGUGUUUUGUAUCUUCACUUUCAGGGGGUCAAAAGAAAAAUGACUCUUCAUAUAGAAACUGGAGCCUAAUCCAUCAUUGUAAAAAUUUUAAUAUGGUAAAUUAUUUGUUGUCGUGCGACUAUAAAAUUGAAAUUUGCUUUGAUAAAUGAUGAUGAAUUUUACGCAUAC